AUGGUCGCAAACAUCGAUGGGAAUGCAAAGUGUUCCCACGGUGACGUACCGAUAGCGUCGGGGCCCUCCACGAUGGCAUGGAUGCCGCCAUCCGACGAGCCUGAGAGGCCGCCGUUAACCUCCCACCAGUCCAACUCCCUUCCUUCAACCCCAUACCAACAUGCGCGCCAACUUUCCUUUCACUCGCGAUCGCCGUCCCCCGCCCGCGGAAGCACCUCUCCUCGAUCGACGCACUCCGAAGCGACGCAUUUACCCCGGAAGCCCCUCGGUGGCUGUAAAUAUGAGACGGCCAUGGCCUAUUUUCGGAGGCGGAUACCGUAUAGCCUGGGAGCUGAUAUAUUGCCCGAGGAGAGGGAGGGAGUGAAGGAGACUCUCGAUCCGGAGGAAGAGAAAAAAUUGUCGGCAGAUAUCAUGGACCUCUAUGAUCGAUUAUUACCGUCUGCGGAGAGUGAUGAUCGGCGACGACAGCUCGUUCGGAAAUUGGAGAAGCUUUUUAAUGAUCAAUGGCCUGGUCAUGAUAUCAAGGCGAAUAUCUUUGGAUCGUCAGGGAACAAGUUGUGCUCUAGCGACUCGGAUGUGGAUAUUUGCAUCACAACGAAUUACAAGUCAUUGGAGAAUGUGUGUUGCUUGGCUGAAGUGUUGGCAAAACAUGGAAUGGAACGAGUAGUAUGUGUGUCGCAUGCAAAGGUCCCUAUCGUGAAGAUCUGGGACCCCGAGCUUCGACUGGCCUGCGACAUGAAUGUUAAUAACACCUUGGCGUUGGAGAACACCCGGAUGAUCCGAACCUAUGUGGAAGUCGAUGAGCGCGUGAGGCCUUUGGCAAUGACCGUGAAACAUUGGACAAAACGGCGGAUUCUCAAUGAUGCAGCCCUUGGAGGCACGUUAAGUUCCUACACGUGGAUCUGUUUAAUUAUUAGCUUCUUGCAGACAAGAAACCCACCGAUUCUUCCAAGUUUACAAGCACGGCCACAUGAAAAGCGGCUCACUUCCGACGGAUUGGUGUGCUCGUUCGACGAUGAUAUUGCUACACUCUCCCAAUUUGGCCGGAAGAACAAGCAGUCAGUCGGGGAGUUGCUUUUCCAAUUCUUCCGUUAUUACGGUCACGAACUUGAUUAUGAGACGAAUGUUAUAUCAGUACGUGAAGGCACGUUGAUCAACAAAGUCGCUAAGAACUGGCACCUGCUUAUGAACAAUCGCCUCUGCGUGGAGGAACCAUUCAACACGAUGAGGAACUUGGGGAACACAGCUGAUGAUACCUCAUUCCGAGGUUUGCAUUUGGAGAUGCGACGGGCUUUCAAAUGCGUGGCAAAGGGCGACUUGGAGGAGUGCUGUGCUCAAUUUGAGUUCCCGGUAGAAGAGGAGCGAACGUGGGAGCGACCUCCACCGCAGCCUCGGCCAACACUUACCCCCUCCCUUCCGUCACGCGGCGGACGGGGAGGAAACCGUGGAGGCAGAUAUAAUAAUCAGUUUCCACGGGGUGGGCUUGCUGGCGGGAGACGACAGUCAAAUACCGGGAACAAGGCAAAUUUCCGGCAACCGAACUCCGGCACUACCCCGGACAUUUCAUUGCAGGCCCAGCAACAGGCCCAGUAUCUGUUGCAUGACCAAUUGUAUCAACAAAUCCAGCUUUUGCAGGCGCAGGAGCAAGAGUUGCGCAUGCAAUUGCAUAACCAGGCAUUGAUCACUGGGCGGCCGCCACCUGUCUUCCUCCGACAGCCUUUCAUCCAGUUUCCAGUACCGCAACAGCAAGACCUCACGGAUGAGUAUCCACGGGCAAGAGCAGGCACCCUCAACGCAGCUCUCAGCCCAACACAGCGACAGCAAGUUCUUUAUAAUCCCAGUUAUGCUUCAGUGGGUGCAGGCUCACAAACAAGCACCGUCACCAAUCCUCCAUCUCCGUCUGCUGCUAGCACCAUGCCUGAUACCCGUCGCAACUCUCGAAGACUAUCAGCUGCCAACGGCUCUCCAAAGUCUCUUCGGGCUCACUCGCAGCCUGCGCGGCCACUGAACUCACCCUCCCUUCCGAAUUAUGUCCCUCUGUACACGAUGCCGCAAGCUACGGAGGCCUGGUCAAAACAAAGGCCAGCCACCGAGUCACCAGAAGGCGAGGAAGGCGGUGCAGAGGAUAAUGCAAUUCGAUCAAACAGCUUCGCCAGCAAUGGAUCUCACUCCGACUCCGUGCCGCAAGACGUGCUAGGUUAUUAUUUAAAUCAGCAGAUCCAGGCCUAUCAGCAAGCGCCAUUGCCGCAGCCAAUGACAUCGCCGAUGUCUGUGGUUAUUCCCAAUGCAUAUGGGCCGGUUCCUUUGGGAGAGUACAGACAGGGAUCGUUGUCUUCGGAAACCAAUCAUUCUGAGAAUACCCUUUCUUCAAAGCCGCAACCACCUCCACGUCCAGUCAUGUCUGGCCCGUUGAUCGUUGAUGGCUCAGUGCGCCCCAGUGAACCCCGUACUUCGGAAUAUCCACCUGGUCUUGACCCAUUCUGUGCUGUCAGUCAUUAUACCUCAUCGGAUGACCAUGACAUGAAUACACCUGCCAGCUACUCCGAUUCCCUGUCUCAGGAUUACCAGGAUUCGGAACCCUUUGGCAUGGACCACUCGGGUGUUUUCGUACGUCAAUCCACAGAGAGCCACAAUGCAAACGGCACAAACGGCACGAAUGGGGACAAGCAACAAGAGACGAACGGCCAGACUGAGCUCCUUGCAAGCCGACUGCAGAAUUACCACUUGUCGAACUCCGAAAAGCUAGCCCAGCCCGCAAAGUCAAUGGACCGGCCGAAGAACGGCACAGCCCAGAGUGGAAAGGAGUCUCAGCCCAAGAACGCAAGCCAAAGCGACAAGCCCGCAAACGAGAGACACCAAACGGCCAACUCCAAGCGCCGCGCAAAUGGCGAGUCCGAGAAGUCAAACGGCGUCAACGGCCACAGCAAAGCCAAACCAAAAGGUCAAGGCCGCCACGAAACCCACAACGCCUCGAAACACUCCGACCCGCCCCGUAAACAGGCCAAUGGCAACGAUCACGGCUGGCAGAUGACGAAGAAAAAGAACCGCAAAAACACCAAGUCAUCCGUCGAUCCUCGCAGCAACGGCGAGCCCAUCCCGGCUGACGAUUCUCUGCGCAAGGGCGGCUGA